AGAAUUUGGAAGCUAGCAGCAAUUACUUCUACAGAUGGAAGAGUUGAUGUAUCACGCAGGUUUCCUAAAAGAUGCGGAAGAAAACGAGUGGAUAUUGAUUUUACUUUGAUCAUGGCAAUUCCUCUCCGGCGCCGGACAAAUAUCAGGUCACUUUCCAGUGAAAUGAAAGUGUCCAAAUCAACCCUUCACCGACGAAUUAAAGAAGGUGCUAUAAGGCCACACUCAAAUGCACUCAAACCACAAUUGACAGAUCAGAAUAAGCAAGUAAGGCUUAACUUUUGCUUGUCAAUGCUUGAACCAGAAAGUCUCAACAGCAAUCCAACAUUUAUGAGUAUGUUCAAUGUUGUGCAUAUUGAUGAAAAGUGAUUUUACAUGACUAAAGAAUGUGAAAAAUAUUAUCUUCAUCCUCAAGAAGAAGAACCUCUUAGGACAUGUAAGAGCAAAAAGUUCAUUGUGAAAGUUAUGUUCCUAGCUGCUGUUGCUCGACCACGUUUUGACUGCUCUGGUAACCCAACAUUUGAUGGGAAAAUUGGGAUUUUUCCUUUUGUAUUCAAAGAACCAGCAAAGAGGAGUAGUAAAAAUCGUAUGGCAGGUACAUUAGAAACUAAGCCAAUAUUGUCAGUGACCAAGGAAGUAUAUAGGAGAUGUUUAAUUGAACAGGUUUUGCCUGCAAUACAUGCUAAAUGGCCACGGGAUGGUGGUAGUGUUACUGAAAUUUUGAUCCAACAGGAUAAUGCAAAACCACAUAUUAAUCCCACUGAUCCUGUAUUUAUUGAAGCUGCUUCUAGAGAUGGAUUUGAUAUUCACUUGUCAUUUCAGCCUCCUAACAGUCCGGACAUGAAUGUUCUUGACUUGGGAUAUUUUAGAGCUAUACAAUCCUUGCAACAUCAAGAAGCACCCUUGUCAAUUGAUGAGCUAAUUCUUGCUGUGGAAAAGUCAUUUGAUCAAUUAUCAAGUGAAAGUCUAAACAAUGUUUUCUUAACAUUGCAAUCAUGUAUGGUAGAGGUGAUGAAAAAUCUUGGGGGAAAUAACUAUAAAGUGCCACACAUUGGGAAGCACCAUUUAAUGAAAGAAAGUUGUCUUCCACUGCAAAUAGAAUGUGAAAAAGAACUUGUGAAUCAAGUUCUAAGUCAUAUGCAAGCGUGAUUAUCUUCAUUGGACAGGUACUUAAACUUUAAUAAUCAUGUGUUUUGAACAAAAUGGUAUGGGUGUUCUAAUGUGCAAAAUGUACAUGUACUCAAUGUUCAUUUGUCUAGCUAUUCUUGUUCACUUUGCUCUGGAGCAUCUUUAUUUGUUGUUUAUCACUAAAUUGUGUCCUAUCUCAUCUUUUGGCAAAUGGUUGAAGUCAAGCAAUCCAACCCUUUUGAUUUUGUGGUGCAAGCUUUUGAUUGGGCAAAGAAUAUAGAAGCACUUUUAUGUACUAGUGGUUUUUCAUUGACUGCUUUUAUUUCACUUUACAAGAUUUUAGAAUAGCUCAGUAAAGUUAGCUUGACGUUAGUAGUAGUAGUGCUGAUUUUUGUACAAAAGGGAAAAUGUGCAAUGCUGAGUGAAGCUAUGUACAUGUAUAAACAUUGAAACACUACUUUUGUUGGAGUUUUUGAAACUGUCAAUAGCAUUAUUCUAUAAAGUGAAAAUAGUGCAUAUUGGUUUGCA